AACAUCAUCUUAUCAAUCUAUACAUAUAUCUGUGUCUGGUGCUUCUUCCUUAUCGAAACUAAAAAUAAAUAGGUUUUAUGCAAUUAAAGCGAAUUAAAAGAUGAUGGGUAACCACACAGACACCGGAAACUUUGGCCACCUGGGAAUCACGACGGCAGAGAUGGAGUCCCUAGGUAGCUUCUGCGAAGCCGUCUUGCCUCCAGUGUCGCCGCCUGAAGAAUAUUCCGCCGGAGAUGAUCACUGCCGGAACAAAGAGGCACUCCGAUCAUUUUUCUCCACUUCUGGGUCUCGAACUCCUGUCGUUCGCGAGAGCAUUGAGUUGAUCACUAAACGAGGGACAGUAGAAACUUACCUUGUAACGAGAUUGGUUCUGUUCUUGCUUGCUACGCGGCUAGGGACGUUACUCAUUUGUGGAACCGAAUGUUUGGUCUCGAGAUGGCCUUUCGUCGAGAAAUUCAGUGAGCUCUCGUUGGAGAAGAGGGAAAGAGUACUUCAGAAACAAUUCAGAAACUGGAUCUUAACUCCUAUUAGAGCUGCCUUUGUCUACAUCAAAGUCGCCUUUCUCUUCUGUUUCUUCUCCUGGGUGAGUCCAAAUGGCGAAAACCCUGCAUGGGAAGCCAUAGGUUACAACGUGAACACCAAUGAGAACAAACCUUCCGAAACACACAGAGAAAGACCUCUUGAAAAAGGGAUGGUGGAGACCAUGCAAGAAACAGAGCAAACUCUCCUCGAAUCACUUGCUCAAAUGGGCCUAGAAGCGGAAACAGACCACGAUACGAUCAGAAUCAAAUGCGAUGCUGUCGUGGUCGGAUCUGGUUCAGGAGGAGGCGUGGCUGCUUCUGUUCUAGCAAAAGCUGGUCUGAAAGUAGUUGUUAUGGAGAAAGGAAGCUACUAUACGCCGUCUACUUAUCCUUCUACCGAAGGUCCUGGCAUGGACAAACUGUAUGAAAAUGGAGGGAUCCUCCCUACCAUUGAUGGGAACAUGAUGGUGCUCGCUGGUGCAACAGUAGGCGGUGGAUCCGCUGUGAACUGGUCUGCGUGUAUCAAAACGCCGAAGUCGGUUCUUCAAGAAUGGUCGGAGGAUCGAAACAUCCCUCUUUACGCCACCAAAGAAUAUGUUUCAGCUAUGGAACUAGUGUGGGAGAGGAUGGGCGUCACGGAGACAUGUGAACUGGAGGGUUUUCAGAACCAGGUUCUUAGGAAAGGUUGCGAAAAUCUCGGGAUCAAUGUCGAAAACGUUGCCCGUAACUCCUCGGAGAGGCAUUAUUGUGGGUCGUGCGGGUAUGGAUGCAGACAAGGAGACAAGAAAGGAAGCGACCGGACUUGGCUUGUCGACGCUGUGAGCCACGGAGCUGUUAUUUUAACGGGGUGUAAAGCGGAGAGAUUUAUACUUGAAAACAACGGUAAUAACGUAGGACGCAAGAAAAUGAAAUGUUUAGGAGUGAUUGCGAAAUCUUUAAACGGAAACAUAGCGAAGAAAAUAAAGAUCGAAGCUAGAGUAACAAUUUCAGCGUCUGGUUCACUUUUAACACCUCCUUUGAUGAUCAAAAGCGGGUUGAAAAACCGACACAUUGGUAAAAACCUUCACCUACACCCUGUCCUAAUGACGUGGGGUUACUUCCCGGACAAGGCAUCUUCUAGUUUCUACUUCAAGGGAAAGUCUUACGAAGGCGGGAUUAUAACAUCAAUGAGCAAAGUGUUGUCAGAAGAUUCAGAAGUUAGAGCCAUCAUAGAGACGCCAGCACUAGGACCAGCCUCAUUCUCGGUGCUAUGUCCUUGGACCUCAGGGCUUGACAUGAAGAAGAGAAUGUCAAGAUACUCAAGAACCGCGAAUCUCAUAACGAUAGUUAGAGAUCGCGGUUCAGGAGAGGUGAGAACCGAAGGCAGGAUAAGCUACGUUGUUGAUAAAGUAGAUAGAGAGAAUAUCACAGCCGGGCUUAGGCAGUCGUUGAGGAUACUCAUAGCAGCUGGAGCAGAGGAAGUGGGAACUCAUAGAAGCGACGGGCAGAAACUGAUAUGCAAAGGGGUUGAUGAGAAGUCGAUCGACGAGUUUUUGGACUCGGUGAGUGCAGAGGAAGGGCCAAAGGCGAUGACCGAGAACUGGAGUGUGUAUAGCUCAGCUCAUCAGAUGGGAAGCUGUAGAAUUGGAGUGGAUGAAGAUGAAGGAGCAAUAGAUCUUAAUGGAGAGAGUUGGGAAGCUGAUAAGUUGUUUGUGUGCGAUGGAAGUGUGUUGCCAAGUGCGGUUGGUGUUAAUCCUAUGAUUACAAUUAUGUCUACGGCUUAUUGUAUCGCCACAAGAAUUGUUAAAUCCAUGACCACAGGUUAAUUCUUUGAAGGAAAUGAUUUCAAUUUCCUAUAUCAACUCUGCAUUAAAAAUUUCUUGUAGGUCUGUGUAGUGUGAUUUAUUAUUAUUAUUUGUUAAACUUAACUUUUUUUACAGAAAAUAAUUAUAUAAACUGUGGUUCUUAAUAUACUUAAAAUAGUUAUAUAAUUAAGUCAAAUUGUCUUGUUCUUAAUAUACUACGAGCAGCUCCAUCAGGAGUUCUUAACCUGGGUUUCUGAACAAAAAAGCUAAAAAAGUAAAUGAAAAAGAAAUUAAAUUUUAAAACCGGUUCUAUAAACAGAGUUUAAAGAGACAGUAAGAACCCAUACGUGUCAGUUUUGUAUUGGUUGAAUAUGUAAAGGAAAAAAAUUUCCGUGAAUCUCUCUCUUCCUUCUCUUUCUUCCAUUUGACUAAAAAAACAAAAUUUCUCCGUCGUGGUACUCGUCGAACAUCGGAGUCCUGCUCCUCAACAAGUACCUGCUGAGCAACUACGGGUUCAAGUACCCGAUCUUCCUCACCUUGUGCCACAUGACGGCAUGCUCGCUGCUCAGCUACGUCUCCAUCACGUGGAUGAAGAUGGUCCCUAUGCAGAUGAUCCGAUCCCGCGUCCAGUUCCUCAAGAUCGCCGCGCUGAGCCUCGUUUUCUGCGUGUCGGUGGUGUUCGGGAACAUCUCGCUCCGCUUUCCUCCGGUUUCGUUUAACCAGGCGAUUGGUGCGACGACGCCGUUUUUACGGCCGUUUUUGCGUAUUUGAUAACGUUGAAGAGGGAGGCUUAUGUGACGCUCGUUCCUGUUGUUACCGGUGUUGUCAUUGCCAGUGCGGUAAUGAUUAUGUUUUUUUAUUACUUUCGAAAUAAAUUAAAAAUGUGAACUUGAUUUGAUUCAUAUUUGGAUGUCGAUAGAUAUGUUAGUUUACAUUUCAUCUUAGAAUCCUUUGGGACUGAUGAAAACCAAAUCAAUACGGUGGUUUCUUGUGAA